AUGGAUACCAUCGAUAUCGCAAACGAACCAAUUCCAAAACCGCAUUCUAGAGCGAACAAAGGGGAAAUAGUAACAGCAAUAUUUGGCCCCGAAGAAGAUCCGAAUCAGCCACCAAGAGCUGAUAGAUUCAAACAUAUGCAAACAACAGCAAAAGAAACAUAUCAUCGAAUAAUUUCACCGGACGAGAAAUUCAGGGUCAUUUACUGGGACAGGAUCCCGCAUAAUGUGCAACAACGGGCGAUCGAAGAUCUUCUCAGGAAUGAAGUCUUCGGUUCGUAUUUUGCCAGGUCGGAAAAAUAUUGGCUUCCGAAAUAUCUUAUGAAAAACUACAUAAAAUCUCAUGUCGACCACAAGAUAGGGAGGCCGGGGGACGAGACACAUCAAAAACGAAAGCUGUUGGAGCGAGAAGAAAGCUCCAGCCCCAGAAGAGUACGAACUGAUGAUGAUGAGCCACUCGCUCCAACGUCCAGUUCACCAAGAGAACAAAGUAGUACUGAUUACUCUGGCAGGCUUACACUUCCAGGGUUCAGAGAGAUAUUUAAGCUCGCCGAAGAUGCCCAGGAUUCCAAGGGGGGCCACUGGGCCUGA